UACAUCAACAACCUCAACGAGAAGGUGAAGAAGGAGGAGCUGAAAAAGUCCCUGUACGCCAUCUUCUCACAGUUCGGGCAGAUCAUGGACAUAGUCGCUCUCAAGACGCUGAAGAUGCGCGGUCAAGCAUUCGUCAUCUUCAAGGACAUCAACAGUGCCACCCAGGCUCUCCGUUCCAUGCAGGGUUUCCCGUUUUACGACAAGCCCAUGCGGAUAGCCUAUUCUAAGACAGACUCUGAUGCUAUAGCAAAGAUGAAAGGUACGUAUGUAGAGAGGAAGAAGAAAGAGCGCCAAGAGAAGGUUCCGAAGAAGCCGGCUCCCCGUCCGCAGGCAGCAGCUCCCGCUCAGAUUCCUCCACAGCAGCAGCAGAGGAUGCAGCAACAACCUCCUCCCAUGAUGCAACAGCAGAUGGCACCAGGUGGGCCGGCACCAGGAAUGGGCCAGCCCCCACAGCAGAUGAUGCCUGGUAUGGCCCAGCCGUCACAGCCACAGCCACAAGCCGAGCAGCCUCCCAACAACAUCCUGUUCCUCACCAACCUGCCUGAGGAAACCACGGAGAUGAUGUUGUCCAUGCUGUUCAACCAGUUCCCAGGCUUUAAGGAAGUACGGUUGGUUCCAGGUCGCCACGAUAUCGCCUUUGUUGAGUUUGACAAUGAGAUGCAGUCUGGUGCUGCUCGUGACGCCCUGCAAGGCUUCAAGAUUACACCAACACAUGCAAUGAAGAUAUCCUUUGCUAAGAAGUAGAUGCUGGGGAGA